GAAACUUAUCAUUUCUUUCGGUGUUUAUUCCAAACAUCGUUUACUGUUCAUGUGGCUCCCACCGAACGCGCAAUACGCGCACACCAGUGCACCUCAUCUCACUCACACGCGCAAAUAUUCGAUCCAUUUCCCUUCACCUCAGAGUGUUUGGUGAAGCGAUGGUGAAGCACUGCCGCUGGUGACGGAUUCGCCUGUUGGCUGGGCAGUGGAACAACAGGGUGUGCUGUGAACGUAUCAUCGCACCACCUCGUGUGCGUGUAUGACCCUUUGUCUUGCCAGUGCGUGAGUUGUUGUUGUUCCAAUAGGGCGGAUUAUGCUAUCCUCCUUUUGCUCCUCCGCCGCUACAUGUGCUUUUUCCUGUCGGGAAAGAGAGUGAGUGAGACAGAGAGAGAGCGAGAAAGAGUUGUGUUAUUUUGUUGUUGUGUACCGCUACUGACGACCACGGCCCUUCUUGUGCAGUGAUUUUAGUAGCACGAGACGAGAGCAAAAACAACAACAGUCGCGACAAAACAGCUCGAAUCGUAAGGAAGAGGAUUCCGCUGCGGGGCAAGGUUGUGUGAUGCUGUGCGUACCGUCAUUAUCGCGCCGUCCUCGCCCAUCAGUAGUUGUUUGCUUCACAAACACCGCCCGUGCAGUAGACCAGCAGAGGACCGGAGCCUUCCUGGUCAUACGAAAUCAACAUCGACGAGCUGCCUCGCACUCCCACGGGCGACAGGGGGCACGUUGAGAGUUGAAGCUGAAGGAAAUCGAAGGAAAACCCCACUUUCAACCGUGCCAUCCGUCCAUCACAGUCGUCGUCAUCCGCGAUCAACCACGAUCCAGAAAGCAAAUCGUGACUGACGGUAGUGCAGCUGCGAGGAGGUCACGGGACUGUCUGAGUGGCGCAGUCGGUGGCAACGGCGACGAAAGUGGCCGACGACCACUCUUUGCCGUGACCGUCGACGAACGGGCGACAUGCUGCACGGAGCAACCCCGCUGUUGCUAGCGCAUCGUACGGACCUUGGAGUGAACCCAAAUUCGAUCGCCGUCAUACCCGUUCAGCAGCAGCAGCAGCACCACCACCACCACCAUCACCACCAUCACUACCACCACCUCCACCAUUGUCCACUGUUGGUGCUGUAAACGUGCCCCGAAACUCGCCAGCCACACCAGUCUACUCCUCGGGACCUCCGGAAGGGUGUAAGAGAGCGAGAGAAGAUUAGGCAAGGAAGGAACAGUCCCCCACCAGGAAUUUGAAGGAAUCCCGUUGUUGCCCACCCCACCAAUCGUCGACUGGUCAACGAUGUCGAAGCUGCAGGGAAAAUACGAGCUGCUGAAGGAAGAGACAAACCUAAGACAAAGACAAACCUACAUUCAGGUCGGCAUGCUGGUGGCCUUUUGUGGUCUGUCCUGUGUCGCCGUGUUCGCCACCUGGUCGAUGAUCUACCGACAGAAUCUAAUCAUUCCGCCAACGCUGAUAGACAUUCCUUCCUACUGGCGCAACCGUAUCGCACAGUACGAGACGGCUUUGCACCACCACCGAACCGUGCACCCGGGUGUCGAGUUACCGGCCACCGGCCGCAACGUUUCGAUCCAUGGGAACGCCGAGCCGGAGAACGUGGAUAAUAGUAACGGGGUGGCAUCCCGGGCCGAAUCCAGGGCUCAUACGGUACCGCAGCGCGUCAAGCAGCUCGACAACGAGCGUAUCCUACCGUCGCGCCUGGGCAACUACAUUUACUCGCAGGAGGCGGCUAGCGGCCAGCCCGUCCAGCCGAAGCUGGUCUGCUACUAUACGACACCGGAUCUGAGCGCUCCGGGCGGUCUGCGGCACAUCCUUCUGCCGGAGCGUAUCGAUCCGUUCCUUUGCACGCACCUCAACAUUGGCAUCAUCGGCAUCGACAACUGUACGCUGCUGAUCGACGAGAACGUGCACGCUAGCCUGAACCGCACCAAAGCACUCAAGCGCACCAAUCCGGCGCUCAAGAUAUUGUUGUGGAUCGGUGGUGGCAGUAUCGGCGGUUUCUCGGCGAUGGUUGAAAACCACGCCAACCGGAAGCGCUUCAUUCAGUCGGUCAAGGCGACGCUGGAAAAGUACCGGCUCGAUGGCAUCGAUCUCGACUGGGAGUUCCCGGAUAGCGGUGGCAAGCGGCGGAUGCACUUCUCCCAGCUGCUGCACGAGAUACGGCGCGAGUAUCAGCGUGAACACCGGACGUACAUACUGAGUGUGGCGGUUGCACCGCAGGCCACCCUCGCCUACAUGGCCUACGAUGUGGGCGAGAUCAACAGUUACGCCGAUUACGUUAACCUGAUGUCGUACGAUUUCCACUUUUAUUCGCCCGACCUGCCGCAAACCGGUCUUAACGCUCCCCUAUAUCGGCGACCUGGUGAGGUCGCGCUACUCGCUGCGCUUAACAUCAACGAGUCGGUACACUACUGGCUGUCAGCCGGGUUGGAUCGCAGCAAGCUGAUCGUCGGCCUACCGACUUACGGCCACUCGUAUACGCUGGUGAAUCCGUUCAACACUCGGAUCGGUGCACCGGCUGCCGGUAACGGACGUGUCGGCAUGUUCGGAUUCGCAUCUUUCUCCGAGGUGUGCUGGUUUCGGCGCCACAACAUCUACGUCCUGGAGGCGUACGACGAGGCCACCUGCUCGCCGUAUCUGCACGCCGGCACCGAGUGGAUUUCGUACGAUGACGAACGGAGCAUCGGCUGCAAGGCGGAUUAUAUCCUUGCGAACGGUUUGGGCGGCGCCAUGAUGUUUUCGCUCAACACCGACGACUUCGGUGCGUAUUGUGCCGGCAAUGCGCUAUAUGAGCCGCCAGCUGGCGCCCCACCAACCUUCCCACUGCUGCGCAAGGUCCGAUCGGUGCUGCUCGGUCACGAUGGCGACAGCGACAGCAGCCCAACUGGUGUCCGUUGAAUAUCCUGCGAAUAUGGACCCCGAUACGCGCUACCCAUCUAGUCAAGUGUGUCUUACUGGCCGCACCAGCAACGAAAGAGGACUACAGACACCUAGAGAGCUUUACCAAAACAAGAGAAACAAAACAAAAAACAAUUGGCCCGUGCCACACGAAGCGUAAAUUUACACGUAAAUUUACAAAUUAAUGCCAAAACGUUUAAUUUUAUCCCUUACACGGCAACUUGUAAGGGUUAAACGUAACCGUUUUGGCAAUAUUUUUUUCGUUUUUACGCUUCCUCUGGCAGGGCCUAUACAAAAUAACAAAAAAGCAUACAAAACAAAAACACACUCCGCAUCCGUGCGAUACAACCUCGGUUGGCGUAUGAAACGGAGAAGAUCGAUGGUCAAUGCCAGCCAGAAAGGGUAGCGUGUCGUUUCGUUCAUUGACAGGGAUAUACCGUUUUUUUUGGCCCCGCCCGUAAUGUAUCAACCAAAAAAAAACGGAAAAAAAUUGUUUGCCAUCUUGCAGUCUAGCUCUGAAUUAUGCCACGUGACAACUCCGGAGGAGCUCGCAAAGAGGGUCUGCAAUAGAAGGUUUUAAGUUAAUGAGACACUGCUGCGAACAGCAGAGAGUGUGUUUAGGAAAUGUAGGUGACAGAAGAAGAAUUAAGGAGUACACCUGUGUGCCAAAAGAAGAAACAGCAACGUAACGUACUAGAUUGAGAUAUAAAGUAUCCUACAUCAAUCCUACUCCCCCCCCCCCUGUCCAUCCGCCAUCCUCCCACGCUCCCUCUCUCAUCAAAUAAUGCCUUUACCUUUUCCUUCUUUCACAAAAGCAUGCGAAAGCGUAAGCCAUGGGCGUCUGUGUAAGACCGAACCAACAGUGGAGCAUUUCCGACGAGGAUUCAUGCCACUUACCGUGGCCACAUAGUAGCAUAGCGUAACAUCCCAACAAAUAACCACAAUUAUAACAAACAGCAACAACUGCUUCCAAGAGAAUUAGAGCUAGUGCACAAACGUAUUACAAGCAAACAAUUGUUAGAGUGUUAUGCAGCUACGAUGAUGAUGAUGAUUAUGAUGGUUGACAAACUGAAAUACUGAUCGGCACCGCACAGUCGCUCUCCCGUCUCGUUUCUUAACUAUUCACAAACCAAACAACCGACACCACAUGCACCCGUUAGAUGUCCGAUGUUCCGGAUGGUUACUGAGCCGUGCUAAGGACGAUACCAAUAGAUGGAAACACGUAUACUACUUUUUACAAACCACACAUACACACAUACAUAUAUCUACUAUCUCUUGCAAGCAUUGAUUACUACGGAGCUCUCGUCGUCAUGAGGGUUAUAGCUGUUUCGCGGUGUAAGAUAGUAGGGCUGUCUGUCGAAGCCUCUCGAGGCUAGUAGUGUUGCUAGGUGUUGCUGCUUUCGGUGUACCGAAGCCGACAAGGGACAGGCGAAAGGGGCGUAAAUUAGGAUGAAAAGGAAUUGGAAUAGAUUGUGAUGGUAGUUAAACAAAACAGAACAAAACAAAUCGAAAAAACGCUUAUAAUGCAUUCCAGGCGGGCAAAACCACCCUUUACCAAACUUCCUUCUUCCCACAAAACGCCUAACCGAAUCCCGCUCGGGGUCGAUGUAGAAGAGUGUAGAGCGUACACCGCGCGAUGCUAGGUCGAGAGACCCUUAGGAUGAAACCGAGGACACUAAUUAGAAACUAAAACUGAAACGCUUAUCAAUCGCCUUCUCGUGGAUGUGCGUGCUAGCGUGCGAACACGUUUGUAUGUGUGUCAAUGUAUGCGCGCGCGUGUGUGUUUUGUAAUGUCUGUGUGUGUCUGUGGAUGUGUGUAUGUGUUUUGUGUGUGCGAGCGCGAGGAAACUUCAGACUGAGAGAAGACUUUAAGUAAUUAGAUCGGGCAGCUGCAGCGGCAGCAUCCGUGCAUGCAACGGACGCAAAAUGUAGCGCGCUUAAGGGCCCCCUACCAUCCCGUCUUUGCCGUAACAACAUCUCAUAUAUAAGGCAUAAACCUCGAUUCCUGGUGCGCCGCUAGUUCCUUCUCCCAUCCGGCGACAUAGUGACGAGAACAGCUACGGUGUACCCCUGGUAGGGCUUCCUCGGGUGCACAGCCGCAGUCAGAAGGAGAUUUGGGGUGCGAUGUGUAGUUGCUUGUAAGUGAAGGAGCAACCGAAAAGAAAACAAAAAAUAAAAAGAAACCAGAACAACAAUUGUACUAAGUAAGCAUACAAAUAAAGGUGCAUCGAUUUUAGCGAA